AUGAGACUGCGUAACAUCCGCCGGAAGCUAGAGGCAGGUCAGCGCCGUUACACGAAGCGUAAGAUAAGCUGCAAUACUGAACCAGGGUUAGAACAGGACCAGGGGGACAGCAGUGUGACCAGUGAGUGGAUCACCCUCAUGAAACGGCUCAGGCCCUCUGCAGAGAACACUCCGUCAAUCAAAUCAGCAAUGGAGAAGACGUACGCCAUGCGUAGAUCAUGGAUAUCAAAGGAGUCUCCCACAGUGGCUGAAAUCUUCAACGAAUACCCACGCUUCUUGGAUAUGCCAAGUCUGAUGGAUCUCGAGUUUGGCAAAAUGACAGAUGGAAAGACAGAUCUGUUCAUCAGAAGAUGGGAAGCCAGCAUCAUACCAAAGCUGAAAGCAGUUGCUGCCAUGGAAAAAAGUGAUGUUGCAGCUCUUACAGCGGGAAUGGAAGACCAGACAGAUGAUGGAAAGUGCUACACAAUGCUGGUUGUUCUCACACAUCUUCUUCCACCACUGCCUGGGAGUCGCUGCAGUGUGAAAUCGGCAAUAUCAUUCCUACUUGAUUUUGCACCGCCUGGAACCAGCAUUGCAUCCCUCUUCAGCAACCCAGAGAUGGCAUCAAAGACCCAGCCACUGCUGAUCUGCAUGGGCAAUCUGAAGAGCACAACACGACAGUACAUCAUCAUUGCAAGAAAUGACAAGGUGACCGUUCCGGUAGAUGGUGGCCUGACAUGCGCCCUGGACAAGCUAUUCAAGCUGUACUGGGUUUGCAACUUGGCCUAUCCACCACAGCUCAGCUCUGUGUUCACCUUCUUUGAAUACAUCUAUGAUGUGACCAUCUCAACCAACAGGAGAGCCAAGGUACUGGAGCUUAUUUCAAAACUUCAGGCUUCACAGUAA